CUAUAAUUAAUAAUUAAAUAAUUAAACAGUGAUCACGCUUUUGCGCCCUAUUUAAGAAACGUCGCCUUCCCAUUUUCAGUUUCCUUUUGUUUUUCUCCCCAUCUCUUGUGUGUUAUCUCAUUUUCUGCCAUCAAUCUCCCUCCCUGGAUCUGAUUUGUAGAUUGCGAUGGAAUAUGAGAAUGAGUACCAGCAGUAUUCCAAUUCACAAUAUGAAUGCCUCCUCUUUGAUGUUGAUGAUACGUUGUACCCAUAUAGUUCUGGAUUGUCUGCCCAAUGCACCAAAAAUAUUACAGAAUAUAUGAUUGAGAAGCUAAAGAUAGAGGACAGUAAAGUUCCUGACAUGUGUGUUCAACUAUACAAGGACUAUGGAACAACAAUGUCUGGUCUCCGGGCUAUCGGCUAUGAUUUUGAUUAUGAUGACUACCACAGUUAUGUACAUGGAAGACUGCCGUAUGAGGAGAAGUUGAGGCCUGAUCCGGUGCUUAGAAAUCUUUUACAUAGCCUUCCUAUCCGGAAAGUUAUAUUCUCAAACGCAAAUGAUGCCCAUGUUGCAACUGUACUCAAAAUACUUGGAAUAGAGGACUGUUUUGAAAGGAUUGUCUGUUUUGAGUCGUUAAAUCCUACCCAUAACAGUAAUAUCUCUGAUGGCCAAGAGUCAGAAGAAUUAAAAGUUCCUGAUGUCAGUAGUGGUAUGGACUCUGACACUAGUGCUGAUUCACCACUUCCCAAGUCCCCAGUCAUCUGCAAACCAUUUGAGAAUGCAUUUGAAGAAGCUUUCAAGAUAGCUGAUAUUAACCCCAAAAAAACAUUGUUCUUUGAUGACAGUCUACGUAAUUUGCAGACUGCAAAAUGCAUGAACCUCCACACUGUUUUGAUUGGCUCAUCUCACCGCAGCACAGGCGUGGAUUAUGCCUUAGAGAGUAUCCAUAAUAUUAGAGAAGCAUUGCCAGAGCUGUGGGAAGAGCUUAAGAAGGCAGAAGGUGUUCCAUACUCGGGAAAAGCUGGUAUCGAGACUACUGUUAGAGCUUAGAUACAGGAUCGUCGCAAGCAAAACACAAAGCAUGUUUUCGGGGGAUCUUUUAAACCCCGAAUGUUGUCCUUCAUUUCGUAUAAUUGGAACCUUACAUUAUUAAACUCGUAAUUUAAUUCUGUGGUAUGAUGUAACAAGAUGAAACUGUACAAUUAUAGUUCUUUACUAUAAACGUUAAAUUCCAAAAACACCUGUGCAGAUCAUCUGUAGGUCAAUUA